GGGAGUUUGUUAGUGAGCUAGCGCACGUUCUCUUUAAGAUGGCGUCGGCUUUACUGAAAAGAUCCUUGCUCUUUCCUGCGCUUCCUUUUUUUCGACGAGCUAUAUCAACAGGUUUAGUUUAUCGUGCAGAACAUAGUGAAGGACAUAGCAAAAUACCAGAAGCGAAGCUAGGUGUGGCAGGAGUCGUCCCGUCCGACACUGACCAGGCCACCGGUCUUGAGAAGCUCGAACACGACGCUCUAAUGGCUGGAAUUGAAGAUCCAUUCAAUUUGAACAUGUCUAAGCCUCCAGGAGAUGGGUCAAGACAGACACCGUUUAUCAUUACUAGUCCAGUCGAGGAGAGAAUUAUUGGUUGCAUCUGUGAGCCAGAUGACCACGCCAUAAACUGGAUGGUGUUGAAAAGUGGACCUCCUCAGCGCUGUGAAUGUGGUUACUUUCACGUGCUUCAGAAGGGAAAUCCAAACAAGGUAGAGUUCUGAAGUGAGGUGGAAGUCCACCACGAUGUGUAUUUAGGACUGAAAAGUUGACUCAGCUUGUCUGUUAUUGGCGUGUAAUUUCAAGCUUAUUAUGUGAUUGUAUACAUCUGAAGGCAUGGCACUUGCAGAAAUAGCCAA